UUAAGCUUGGUGCAACUUCCAUGUGGGUUUUAGAUAUAAAUCAACGUGUGACAGGAGAGAAUACAAGUACUCAACACACUAGAAAACUGGAGAACAGUCUCAUUGACUACAUUUUGCAAUUGAUGUUGCUUAUCAAAAUGAUUCAUCUGAUUGAUUAAUCUUAAUAGUCUCAGCUCUAAGCACAUUAGCCUAUGCACAGCUGUCUGGAUGGUUUAUCCCAUAAUGACUUUUAAUGCUGUAGUUUAAUGACCAUGACUGGCUUUAGCUUGGUGCAGCUCCAAAGUUAGCUCGGUUUACUCGCUGCAUAAAGUUUUCUCUGAAAGUGGAGCCAUGGGUUAGAUAGAGUAGAUUUGAUCAGACAAAAAAAACCCCGUAAAAUCCCAAUAUGUGCUAUUUUAGCUACAACAGCAUGAGCGAAUCAAUACGAACUUGUUUGCAACAAUAUAGCACCGCCCCUGAUGUGAUGUAGACACGUGGAACAGUUACUUCCGUAGUGACAUUUGCUUUUAUUCCGUAAAUACGCCGUUAAACUGUCUGAGCAGGAAGCCCGAGAGCAGCCCGGAGCCGCUGCACGAGUGAAGCUCUACGGUGAAACGGCGGCUCCGGUACAUAAAGGAUCUACAGGCAACACACGGAGCUGAGCGCGCGUGGACCGAUUUUCGGUUGCUAUUGCUAACGCGAGAGAACGGACAGCUAUCUGCGUGCACGCUGACGCGCGCGCGCACAACACACACACACACGUAGAGGCAGAGCGCGCGAGAGGCGCAGGGGGAUGGGGCUGGUCACGAACGCGUUUCUUUUAACUUCCCCGUGAAAAUUUACAGUUAGCCAAAGCACAACCGAGAAGCCCAGUAACGUAACACAACGGUUACACGAACGGGUAGAUGCUUGUGAGGCAAGCAGAGGGUUUGGGGAGAAGACUGUGUCUGUGUUACGCAGCAGAUAUGAGGAUGAUUCACGUGUAAGGGGCAGAGCCCGGUACAGAGCAGGCAGCCGUGUGGACCAGUACUCAGACCCAGGAUUAGCCCAGCCUCCUCAGAACUGGAGACCAUCUCUCCACCACGUCUCUCGCCUUCGCCACGUGCCCCCCUCAGUGACAUGUACCCCGAAGAGAGCCGGGGUUCUGGAGGGGUAGCCACUGUGGACUUCCUGGAAGGGACGUACGACUAUGCCACCCCCACCCCUGCCCCGACUCCUCUUUACAGCCACUCCACCACUGGCUAUUACUCCGCUCCUCUAGAUGCCCAUGGACCACCCUCAGAUGGCAGUCUUCAGUCCUUGGGCAGCGGACCGACCAGUCCUCUUGUGUUUGUGCCCUCCAGCCCCCGCCUCAGCCCCUUUAUGCACCCACCCAGCCACCACUAUCUGGAAACCACCUCAACACCCGUCUACAGAUCCAGCUACCAGCCGGCCUCCAGAGAGGAGCAGUGUGGCAAGUGUGAUGAGGCAUACGAAGUGGGUGAGGUGGGAACUGGAGCAGCGGCUGGGGCCUUUGAGAUGACCAAAGAGACACGUUUCUGUGCCGUGUGCAGCGACUAUGCCUCUGGGUACCACUAUGGGGUGUGGUCCUGUGAGGGCUGCAAGGCCUUCUUCAAGAGGAGCAUCCAGGGUCACAAUGACUACAUGUGCCCAGCGACCAAUCAGUGUACUAUUGACAGGAAUCGGAGGAAGAGCUGCCAGGCCUGCCGUCUUAGGAAGUGUUACGAAGUGGGCAUGAUGAAAGGAGGUGUGCGAAAGGACCGCGGUCGUGUUUUGCGCCGGGAAAAACGACGGACUGGCAUCAGUGACAAGAUUGCUAAAGACCUGGGGCACAAAACAGCGCCCCAUCAGGACGGGAGGAAACGCAGCAGUGCGGGUGGUGGAGGUGGAAGAUCUUCAGUGACUAGCAUGUCCCCUGAUCAGAUGCUCCUCCUGCUCCAGGGUGCUGAGCCCCCAAUACUGUGCUCACGUCAGAAGCUGAGUCGCCCCUACACCGAGGUCACCAUGAUGACGCUUCUCACCAGCAUGGCCGACAAGGAGCUGGUCCACAUGAUCGCGUGGGCCAAGAAGCUUCCAGGUUUUCUGCAGCUGUCCCUUCAUGACCAGGUGCAGUUGCUGGAAAGUUCAUGGCUGGAGGUGCUGAUGAUCGGGCUCAUUUGGAGGUCCAUCCACUGCCCCGGCAAACUCAUCUUCGCCCAGGACCUCAUACUGGACAGGAACGAAGGCGACUGUGUUGAGGGCAUGGCUGAGAUCUUUGACAUGCUGCUGGCCACAGCUUCCCGCUUCCGCAUGCUCAAACUCAAACCUGAAGAAUUCGUCUGUCUCAAAGCUAUCAUCUUGCUUAACUCUGGUGCCUUUUCUUUCUGCACUGGAACUAUGGAGCCGCUUCAUAACAGCGUGGCGGUUCAGAACAUGCUGGACACCAUCACCGACGCUCUCAUACAUCAUAUCAGCCAGUCAGGAUGCUCCGCUCAGCAGCAGUCCAGACGACAGGCCCAGCUGCUCCUGCUGCUCUCCCACAUCAGGCAUAUGAGCAACAAAGGCAUGGAGCACCUCUACAGCAUGAAGUGUAAGAACAAAGUGCCUCUGUACGACCUGCUGCUGGAGAUGCUGGACGCUCAUCGGCUCCACCGUCCAGUCAAAGGGUCGCAGGCCUGGUCCCAAGCUGACAGAGACCCUCCCUCCUCCACCGGCAGCAGCAGCAGUGAUGGAGGUGGAGGAGGUGGAGGUGGCAGCUCCUCCUCCUCCUCAGCUGGUUCCACUUCAGGACCUCGAGGCAGCCAUGAGAACCUGAGCAGAGGCCCAUCAGGCCCGAGUGUCCUGCAGUACGGAGGCCCCCGCCCUGACUGCACCCACACCCUAUGAGACGCAGCAUCUGAAGGUCAAAAGUCGUUUUAACGGAGGAUGUGUGAAGCACAGAAUGAUAAAGGGUUUAUAAAGGAAAGGAAGAGGUUCUGUUUGACUUCAAGUAAUGAGAGAAUUAUUUAUUAAUUCAGUGAUUUUAUAGCUGUUUAGGGAGAAAUUACCGCUUUAAACUCACUGCAAUCUGAGCUCCAGUGAUCUUACACGCUGCCUUUCAUAAUAUCUGUGAUUCUGAGUCGACCUCUAAGAGCUUUUCAGUCCAGCUUUUAUCCCCAGACCAGUGGGUGUUAGCUCAUACUGUGGCACUCUGUUCGCUACUGUGAUUUGAAAUGACGAGCAGCUACUAAUUUUUGAGUUUAUUCGCCAAAGUGCACUUUCUCUUGGAUUUAACGGGGCAUUAUUUUCACUUCUGCAUUUGAAGGAUGAUCAAGCCAAAUUACAAUGAAACCGGUUUAAAUGAACGUUUAAUUUCUUUUGUGUUUCAGUCGCAACAUUGGUCGACUGGUAAACGUCAGGGUUUGUGAAUAGAUGCGCAAUUUAAAAACAAAAUAUUUCAGUAAUCACGUUUUGAAAUGAACACCGGCUGAGGAUGUGUCUGUUGAAUUUUAAGCAGCUAAAAAUUGCACAAUCAAAUCCUGGAGCCCUGAUUCCACAAUAAAGGAGCUUUAUUGUGGGUUAACUUCACGUUACCCACAGCUUGUAGUGCAGAGGAGGUUUGUUCUCUACGCUCACUUGGACUAAUUUUUCUUCUUCUGAACUUUCCGUGUUAAAUGUGUUUGUGUGAGUUCAUCAGAGAGACUGAAAGCCGAGAUUUUUGUCUUGAUGCAACAUUUCAGCAACAUCAAAGCUACAACCUGCAACUAUCCGUCUAGUAAAUCAGUGAUUACACGUUGAGGUUGGCUGGAUUCACACACCGAGGAAAAAGUAAGCGAUUGUUUUUCUUUUGCGAAUUGGAUCCAACUGAUAACAGAAGACAUCAGACAGAUGUGAUUACAUGCAUGUAGCCCGUACUGUGAUUUAUAUAACAUUUAUUUAAUUUACUGCCACAAACGACAAAGAAAGACGGAAAUCCCCAAAGUGUUUAGACAGAUGGUGAAGCAAAAUUUCACAUCACAUCACUGAACUUGAUCUCUGUGCAGUCGACUUCAGUGAAUUCAGAACAAAUCGGUUCAAUCAGUGGUUAACAGACGCGUUUAGAAACAACUAAACAACCACCUUUACUUACUAAAUGAGUCGGAAAAGUCCCCUCUAACAGGUGGUCUCAGAAAACUGUUCUCCUUCUGGCUGCUUUCUAAUAUCAUCAGCAAACUCCAAAUUAUAGCCAGCUGGUGUUACAUUGACAUGUACGGACAGGUGACAAAUUAAAGGAAAAUCCAACUUUUGCCAGAGCAGCUUUCGUGCUCCUUGGCUGGAGGGAUGAACGUCAUUCUUUCCCUCACGAUGAUGGGAGCGGAGAGCUCAGUGUCCUAACAUGUUGAUCCAAAAUCUCCCACAUUUACUUCAGCUGGGUUGAGAUCUGGUGACCGUGAAGGCCAAAGCAGACGAUUCACACCAUUUUCAUUCUCACCAAACCAUGAGAGGAUAAAGAAAUAUUGCAUCACAUGAUAGAUGUAUUCAGUCAGAACGACUUUGUUCUGAUUUACAGCGAUUCUUCCCUCAGAAGAGACAAAUGGACCACAACCAUGUCAGCAAAAACAAAACAAAACAAAAAAAACAGCAAUGUAGCAGAACCACAAGGACUGAUCCAGAUCAUGGGAUCAAGUUCUUCUUUUAAUUUGUCACCUGAGAGUAGAGUUGCAACAGUUAGUUAAUCAGUCAAUUAGUUGUUAAAUUAAUCAUUGACAGUUUCAAAAAUUAAUCAGUUUAUAUGACUCUUUUUAGGAGAAAAGGGUAAAACCCUCUGAUAUCAGCUGCUUAAAUGUGAGUAUUUUCAGAUUUUUUUUCUCCUCUAUGACAACAGACUAUCUUUGGGUUGUGGACAAAAAGAUACUUGAGGAAACUUUGAUUGACCUUUUCACCAUUUUCUGACAUUUUAUUCUGAUUAUUAUCUACAGUAAUAAUCACGAUCAGUGUCGGCACCUUUGCUGCCUUUUUAGGCUCAUUUAGAUCUAUUUUUUGGAACCGGAGCCAGUCGUAAAAACACCGGUCCUGGACUCUACUUCCUGCUCAUGUCGAUGCGGAGCAGAGAAAAACAUGCUGCAGUUCUGAGAGGAGACUGUCCUUAUUUCAGCCUCACUGUGAGAACAUUUCUUGAGGCAGGUUCUGGUGACACUGACCUACCUGUAAGAUGGUUUCAGAGCGAGCCCACUUCAGCCUCGCCAGAUAAUUCUGCUCUCCUGCUCCCCUCAAUCUUUUCUCUUCUUUUUUCUCUGUACCUUCAUAAAGCAAAUACAUGAAGGAGGAUAUUUCCAGCAAUAACUCCACGUCUAAUUGCUUGCAGUUACAAUUUAGAAGCCAGGACAAGAUGAUAUUUGGCUUUUUUAUUCAGACGUUUCAUGUUUUAUACCUGGACUUUAACUGAAUUGAUGCAGUAUAAAAUUCUGCAGUUCUAAAAGGUGUUGCCAGAACAGAAGCGAUAACAAAAAGUAUUAACUUACAGUGUGUUGUCCAAACUGGAGGCAUGUGGGAAGCCUUCCCCACUGGAUCAGAAAAAUUAGUUCAGUGUGAAUCCAGCCAAAGCUCACUUGAUCAUCAUCUGUUUACUCUGCAUAUAAAUAAAAGCAUCGAGUGGGAAAAUGUUGCUCAUCACUGUGUUUCCCCGACCCCCAAAAUCAAAGCCCAACAAUAAACAGAACUAAAUACUUCAUGUUUUA